AUGGCCCCGCCGCCCCCGCUUCCUCCCGCCGCCGGUGAUGCCGCCGACGAGUCUCUCCCGGCCGUCGCGCGCUCCGUGGAGGAGCUCGCCUCCUUCAGCGACAGGCUCACCGACUUCCUCGGCCAAUGGCACGACAUCCUCGUCCACGCCGACUCCAUCGCCGCCGCCUUGCCCCCGCUCGCCGACCCCGACCACGAGAGGAAGCCCAGCCCCAGUACCGCUGGCGUGGCGGAGCCUGGGGGCCAGUCGACCUCCGUCCUCGUCGCCGCCGUCACCGACCGUGUAGCGGAAUCCAACCCUAAACCCGAUCCCGCGACCCAGCUGAAGCCCGAUGGCGUCCCCGUCGACGCCGCCGCCGGCUUCCCAGUCCCCGACUCUGUCCCGGAGCCCGAGCCUGAACCGGUUCUCUCGGCCGUGGUCGAGCCGAACCCGGUCCCUGAACCCGACCCCGCGCCCGCGCCCGCGCCCGCGCCCAAGGCGAAGCCACCCGCCGAGCGCGAGCGCAGGGCCGGCGAGCCGUCGGAGGCGGCGCUGGGGGCCAUCUGCGAGCAGAUGGGCUCGCGCUCGCUGCGCCGCUUCGCCACCGCGCACCUGCGGGACCGCUCCUGGCUGCGCCGCGUGGGGCCGGGCGCGCUGCGCCGCGCCCCGGACCCCGCCGCGCUCGUCCUCAUCGCCGUCAGCCGCUACUACAUCUGCGCCGAGAGCGAGAGCGCCGAGGCCGCCUGCGUGCUCCUCCUGGAGCUCUACGUGCGCGCCGGGUGCCCCAGCCGCCGGUGCAGGCCUGAGGGAGAGGCUGAGCUGCGUCGGGAGGCCGAGGUGCGGGCGGAGGCGCGCGUGGCGGCGCUGUCGUGGCGCAGCCGGAUUGUGCGGGAGAAGGGCCGGGUCGCCGAUGCCAGCGCCAGGGACGGCCGCGGCCUCAUCCUCCUCAUGGCCGCAUUCGGCGUGCCGCCCGAGUUCCCGGCGCAGGAGCUCUACGAUCUGCUGCUUGCUGGCGGCUGCUUGGCCUGCGCCGACGUGCUGAAAUGCUCCCAGCUCUUUGUGAAGAAGCUGCGUGAUGUUGUUGUUCAUAUGGUGAACAAGGGAAGCUAUUGCGAAGCGAUCGGCGUGAUCCUUUCAUUUGAGCUGCAGGAUGCGUUCCCGCUCGCGGACGUACUGGCUUACAUCCUUGACAAGGUUGAGGAUGAUAGGAAGUUUGAGGGGCAGUCUAAUUUGGCGGGAUCGAAACAACAUGAUGAAGAGGAGUUGGUUCUUUGGAGAUCAAUAUCAAAAUGUGUGGAGGAGCACUCAACAUGUUCCUCGGAAAUUUCUUGCUUCAGUAUCGCUGAGAGGAUUAAGGUGCUAGAAGAACGCGUCGGAAAGCAAAGCCAACCAAGCGUUUAAAGCAACUAAGCAAAAAACAACAACAACAGAGGACAGUCUAGAUUGAGUGCCCAUAUCUUCAGUAUGCACCACCUAACAUAAACCGUGAACGGCAGAAGCAACAUCAUUGGUGAAGAGAGCUUGGCAUACCAGUUCGAGUAGUGUAAACUCUAAAAAUUUAGAAAUGGAUCCAGCCGCGAUAUGUGGACUUGUAGGAAGUCUUCCUAGACUCCUCAAGUGUCCAUUAUAUAGUAAGGCGCAACAAGUGUUGCAGUGUUAUGGUUAAAACCCUUUGUCGAAACCUUUGGCCAGUUUUCCCAAAAACAUUCCAUGUUCGGAAGGGAUGAAUUUAUUGGGGAUGGUUCUGGAUUCUGCAUCAUGUUUACUUGUUUUUCUCCUGUUGGAACAUCAGUUUUAGACUUUGA